GAGUCUUUGACACUCCGCUUCGCUGAUGCCAUGGGGACUUCUUGUCCUGUCGCCUUUCGCAGCUGCGCGGUGCACAGGUGGCCUCCCGGACGCUGGGCUUCCGGAGGCCUUCUUUGAUCACUACGAGCGGUGGCACUCCGCGUACCAGCGGGACAGCCUCGCGCGGUCUCGAGAACUCUUGCAUGGCAUCUACGAGUACAAACUCUUGCCGCAUUUGGAUGAGAUCUUGCAGCGAUGCCCAGUUCCAGUUUUAGAAAUUAUGAUGGACUCAGUCCUUGCAUCUUCUGUGGACUAUUCCUUGGAAGAUGGACAAGGACUCUUCGAGCUGGCUUCGCGCCUAGCCUCAGCCCUGGAAAAUCAGGGUCUGAAGGAGGUGGCUGAGCUGCGCCAGCGCUGGGCGGAAGAUACUGUCUACACUUACCCCUUCCUUUUCGGAGCUGAAACCAAUAGCUGCCAUGGCUCCCACCUGAAGAUUUUUGUGUAUGAUGUCCCGGACAACCUUACCUCCCGUCCUUUGGAAUGCGCCCUGGGGCAGUGGGGCACAGAGGUCCUUUUCCACCGCUAUUUGCUGAGCUCCAGCUGCCGCGUUGACGAUCCUUCCGACGCGGAUUUCUUUUAUGUUCCUGUGUACGGCACCUGCCUUUUCACCAAGGAGAACAUGCAAAAUGAUGAUGCGGCGGCAGAUCUCAUUUGGGAUCCCUUGGUGCAGCAUCUUGCAGCUCAGCCCUCCUUCCGACGGCAAAAGCAGAUGGACCACAUCUUUCUAUUCCCGGAUGGCCAGUCUGCGCGUGCCUGGGACUCCUAUGAUCUGGUCAGGAGCGAAGCGAUUUUUCUGAUGGUGGAGAUGUCCAAGUGUCCAACUUGGGACGAGCCUGUAAGGAGAUACAGUGACAUCAAGCCUUGCGCCUCGACCUGGAAGGAUAUCUUGAUCCCAGGCCACACGGACCAUGCAAGGCUGAAAGCUAUGCAAAGACACAAUCGCCCCUCCGAGCAGCGAGAGCUGAUCAUGACCUUCCAUGGCAGUUACUCUGGCAACAAGGAUGUGUACCACACCUGCACGGUGCGGGACAAGAUCAUGCAGCUGGCUGAGCUUGAGGGUGUGGAUGUGGGUGGCUUUGUACCAGACUACUUCGAGAUCAAGGGCAAUUCGCACUUUUGCUUGAUUCCUGCGGGCACAUCGCCAUGGACAAACCAGCUGUAUGAGAGCAUCCAUUGCGGCUGCAUCCCUGUGAUACUCUCUGACGAGUAUGAGGUUGCUUUUCAGCAUCACCUUGACUGGCGGCGAUUCAGCAUCAAGUGGCCGGAGGCGAUGGUGGGCUUGGAGCUCUACGAGUUUCUGAGGUCCUUUCCGGAGGAAAAGCUCAGGGCCAUGAAGGGGGAGGUGGAUGCACACGCUUGCUGGUUCGACUACUUCUCCAGGGACCCCGAGUGCUCACCUUUCGCUGCGGUCCUGACGGCGCUGCAGCAGCGCAAGGAGCGGCUGAAGCGCUGGAGCCGCUUCUGGAACCUCCCGGAAGCGCCGGAGCCCGACCCCCCGCGCAUCACCCGCUUCCACGUGUUGGGCAAUGAAUCCUUCAUGCUGUGCGAGGUGCAGCGAUUGAACAAGGAGAUGACUGGGAUGACGGAGAAGCUCGAGAGAAUGCAGGCGCAGAUCGCCGGGGAGCGCUCCGCGCUGCAGCAGAUCGAGGAGCUGGACAGCGCCCUGCGCCUCAGCACUGCCGAGGCAUCCAUGCGGAGCGUGCGGGCGCGUUUGCGCGGCGGGAGAGGGGAGGCGGCACCUGAGGUGACCCGAGUGCAAACGGAGCUGGAGGCCAUCAAGAAGCAGGAGAAAUGUGGACGGAGCAUGGGUGAGGGAGUCUAUGAGGCACACGGCACACGGGAAGCUUUGCAUUGUCGUUUGACCCAGGAGGAGCUGGUACGGCUGCGAUCCCAACUGCAGUUCCGCGAAUCCAUCCCCUCCUCAGCUGUGCUCGCGGAGGAGUUGGACGCGGCUCGUCAGGACAUCGCGGCCAAGGAUAUUCAGAUCCGAGACUUGCAGCUUGCGGGCACGCGGACUGGCGCCCAGCUGGUGGAGGCUACAGAGAAGCAGAGGCAAGUGGAGCUGCAGAUGCGGCGAGUGCCGGAGGUGGAGGCUGAGAAUCACCAACUACGCUCAGAGCUGACGCAGAUCGUCUCCGAGCUGGCAGCGGUGAAGGAAACACUCGUCAAGACCGAGGAGAAGCUGCGUUUGCGGGAGGCGGCGGCGCCGGAGCUGGCGGCCGCGGAGCUGCUGGCCACCGAGGCGGAGCGCCUGGAGGAGGAGCUGGCGGACGCGUAUGCAAAAUGCGCCACUGUGCAGGCCGAGGUGAAGAAGCGCGAGGAUUUGCUGCGGGGUAUCCCUUUGGUGCUGGCGGACUUCCUGGAGCAAAUCCACUUGCCGGACCCGGUGCUGUCCAGCAGCCACGCACCGGAGGAUGCGCCGCGUCUGGUCAUCGCAUCGCUGCAGCGGCUGCAGACCGAGGUGCAGAAGCGAGAGCAAGAGCUCAAGGCCGCAAACGAGAAGAUCGCAGAGCUGUGUGAGUACGGCGCCAAGAGGGACGAGGAUGUGCAGCAAGAAGCCUACGACGCCUUGCGUGCGGAGCUGUGGGACGUGACCCAGCGGUGCGCCAAGGCGGAGGCGGAGUUGGAGCAGUUGGGCACGGCACGCGAACGUGGCGGCGGGAGCCUGAUCAAAAAGAUGGCCAUGUUGAUGUACAACCUCGAAGUCUCCAUACUCUCGGGAUCCGGUCUUCGCGACAGCAAGUGGCGGCCCGGCGGCGACGGCCUCCAAUGUGUGGUGGAUGUCAUCGGCAAGGACGAAGAGUUUCAAACCAGCUCGAACUCCACUGCCAGGAAUCCAGUAUGGAACCACACAGGCGAGCUGCAGAUGUCACACAGCGACACCUUGCGCUUCGCGGUGAUGGGUCCCACAAAGCUUGGAGAGGCCCUGCUGCCUGCAUCUCGGAUCGUCGCAGCAGGCUUCGAAGGGGAGUUGACGCUGUCGGAGGAUGCCUUGCUCAAGGUGAAGGUCACAGUCAAGGGCUCCUUCUUGCUGGAGGAGGGAGCGGUGAGGACAAAGGCGGCCGCCAAAGGUGCAGCCGUCAAAGCAGAGGAAGCCGCCGGCCCGGCUGCCGGCCCCGAGGCUGCAAGCAAGGCAGCCGCCAAAGCUGCGGCCACAGCUGCGGCCGCCAAAGCUGCGGCAGCCAAAGGUGCGGCAGCCAAAGGUGCGGCCAAGGCGAGGGCAGCACAGAUGUUUCAACUGGGCUGA